GGUUGAUAUGCACUGUAUAAACUCCAACACCACAUGGUGUCAUGGUCAAAGUCCUUGAUCAUAUCAGGGCCUGCAGUGCGAGGGAACAGCUCGCAGCCGAUGCUUGGCAACUCCAACCACUCCUCCCCGGCAGCUUUCACCGCACUAUGAGUCAAGUGUCUCAAGCAGCUCGAGAUGAGCCACUACGCAAUCCUCAAUGCAUCUUCGCACGCGAGCCAAACUCUCCUGACAUGUGUUGAGCAGGAGAGAGCAACCACAGGGCUAUAAAGCCCACUAACCAUUCCUAAGUGUACAUACAUCACAGAACUCCCUCGAUUAGUAUAAGGCAGACUAAUAGGCUGGUAUCCGUACUGGGCAUCUGGAUUCCAAUCCCAACACCACCAAUUGUCCAUCAUCUGUCCUCACCCAUCUCUACUUAGUCAUCCCUAACUCCGCCACAAAGGAAGCGCAUAGCACUCCAUCCAGCACCAUGACCAACACCGACAGCGACGUCCGUUUCUGGGACAGCGGCGCCGAGAAGUACUCCAAAUCAGCCAUCUCCGACCUGGGCGGGUACGAGCGAACACUAGACCGAACUCGCGAACUGCUGCGGCCAGACAGCCGGGUGGUCGAGCUGGGCGGCGGAACGGGCGCCACGGCGCUGCGCCUGGCGGGCUGCGUGCGGAGCUAUCUGGGGACCGACAUCGCGCCGGCAAUGAUUGAGAUCGCCAACCGAAGACUGGCCACCGGCGACACCCCGCCGCCGCCGCCGGGCCUGGCGUUCCGCGUCGCCACCGCCGACCAGCUCGCCGCUGAGCCUGACAACCGGUUUGAUGCUGUACUCGCCUUCAACUACCUCCAUCUGGUCCGGGACCUGCCGGGGACACUUGGCUGCGCCAACAGGAUGCUUGGACCGGGGGGUCUGUUCAUCUCCAAAACGCCGUGUCUGAGGGACAUGAACCCGCUGGUCUGGUUCGCUGGGUUGCCUCUGAUGCGCGCCGUGGGGCUUGCCCCUUACUGCAGCGUGUUUUCUGCCGCAGAGCUCAAGGAUAAGAUUGCCGCGGCUGGGUUUGAGAUUGUUGCUACCGAGUAUCAUGCGACGAAAGGCAGCGACGCGCGUCCGUUUAUCGUGGCGAGGAAGGUCGCGGUCAAGGAGGGGCAGGUUUGA